AUGGAAGAAACCCUCGUCCUCUCCAAAUUCGACAGCCUCGUUCAAUCCGGUCUCGUCCUAUACGAUGACAAACAGCGAACCAUUGAGCACAUUGAUGGGAGCCUCAAAUUCCAAUUUAUUCUUACGUCUGCUCUCGCCAAAAAGCCCACCCUAGCCACCCCGCAGUCCCAGCCCGAGGUUGAGAGCAGCGACAUUAGCACCACCGGCUUCGAACUCGGCACGCUACAUAGCCACGUUUUGAUCGUGAACAAGUUCUGCUUUGCGCGACCCCACCUCAUGCUACUCACAUGUGAUGGAUACAAACGACAGUAUGAGGCACUUGAGGAAGCUGAUUUAGACGGUGUAUGGCAGAUCUUGAUCUCCAUGGAGAGAGACUACGUUGCCUUUUAUAACUGCGGCCAAAAUGGCGGUUGUAGUCGGCUGCAUAAACAUAUGCAGUUGAUGCCUUUACCGGCAGACAGCUUCGCAGCCUUCCUGGAUUCUUCCGACGAGCCUGAGCCCAACGUUCCGUUUGAGUGGUUCUAUCGACGCUUGGAGGGCGAGGUGACCCCCGCAGUGUUGUUUGGAGUCUACAAAGCCCUGCUGAAUGAAAGUACAAAGGCAGGCGGGGACUAUGUGACGAGUGGACCGCCUGGAGCAGUCUGUCUGCAUAAUAUGAUUCUUACCAAGAGAUGGAUGAUCGUGCUGCCGAGAAGACGAGGAGGAAUCAACAAGGAGGCUGGGGUGAAUUCGUUGGGCAUGCUGGGGGUGAUUGCCGUGGCUACGAUGAAGGAGAUUGACAACUGGGUCAGGUUGGGUUUGACGGAAUCCCUGGCAGAGGUUGGCGUGCCCAGGAGCAUAUGA